AUGCUCUCCAUUGUAGUAGAAAUUUAUGGAGAGGCCUUUAAUUCAAAACUCUACCCAAACUGUACACCACCUAUCCAGUUACCAGACACCACCUAUCCAGUGGCAGCACAGGAUGACUGGAUAGGUGGUGUGCAGUUUCACAUGGGCUAUGUUGGUGUUGGAAAGCGUCAUAAGGUCUACAUCAUCUCCACCAUGAAGUUGCUGACCGUGUCUGUACUCGUUUGUUCCAUGAUGGCUCUGGCUGGAGCUGCUGCUCUUCAAGAAGCAGAGAAAGAGCACGAGGCAGUGGCAAAAAUUCAAGAAGAGGAGCAUCAUGUUGACAACCGGUCAACAUAUUGUCCCGAUGGCUGGACUAAGUACAACAUCCGCUGUUUCCUCUUCGUUCCCGAAGCCUUGAGCUGGGCUCAAGCUGAGAAAAACUGCCUGUCCAUGGGUGCACACCUUGCAUCGGUUCAUGGAACGGAGGAGUACAACCAGAUUAAAAGUAUGAUUGAAGAAAAAACUCAUGAGUAUCCUGAGACAUGGAUUGGAGGCUCUGACAGCCAAGAGGAUGGUGUUUGGCUCUGGAGUGAUGGCACACCUUUCAUUUUCUCAUACUGGUGCAGCGGAGAACCUACUACGCAGCAAUGUUUACAGAUGAACUACGGAGGUGACAAAUGCUGGGAUGAUACAUAUUGUGCUACUACCCUGCCAUCUGUCUGUGCCAAGAAAAUCUGA